CGGCAGCGUACAUCAAAUCGAGCGAUCCAGCAGAGCUAGGCCGGUGUAAAGAAAUGAAGUGAUGUUCAGAGUUCAUUUUGCGAACGAAGAAGCUGCGAAGAAACGCACAAGAUUGUUGCAGAGUCCGCGCGGCGGAGCAGACUGCAGUGGUGACGUAUCGCCGCUGGAUGGCACACGACACAUCUGGUGAAACGGUCGAGAGAGAGAGAGAGAGAGAGAGAGAGAGGACGUCAUUAUUAUCAUCGGGUUUAUUUCAGCUCACACAUGUGUCAGUGGAGGAACUUUUGAACGGAAUAAAAAAGGAGAAAAUGAAAAAGUGCUGCGGAGAUAAAAGCGUGUGUGUGUGUUGGACCAGUGAGCUCAAACACGCCGACCGGCCCGACAGGAGGAAACAACGGAAGAGAGAGAGAGAGAGAAGGGAGGAAAAAAGCUGAACCUUUCACAUCUUUUGAUUCGCUCAGCGCCAUCCUCGAUUCUUCACGUCCAUCAGCACCAGCUCUUCUUGCUAUUGGCUGCUGCCAUGGCGACGGCACUGGAUACCUCACACAGCCUGGCCAGUGAGAGGAGCUCGAUAGAGAGCACGUACGAGCUCACCAAAUACCUGGAGUACCAGCUCAAGGAAAUCAAAGACAUAUAUCUGACCUACCUCGGCCCUCCAUUCAACGAGAAAGACUUCUCCCCUCCGCGACCCAACAGCACAGCUCUGUCCCUGCCCAGCGCCGCCACCCGCCUGGAGCUGUGGCACGGUCUGGAGAACCAGGCUCGGCUCGCCCAGAACCAGAAGGCCUACUCCGUCCUGCUGGCUGCUGUCAGGGAGUUGGCCCGCUCUACCCUCUGCCCCUCCCUCAAGACCUCCCUGCUGCACUUCUGCACCGGCCUGGAUGGGCUGCUGGGCUCCAUAUCCGCCCUGAUGACCACCCUCGGUUACACGCUUCCUCCUCAAUCUGCAGGCAUGAUAGGCAGCGCCGGAGAGCUGCAGUUCCCUCAGAAGGGGGCAGGGGGCAAUAGACCCGCUCCACUGAUGAGUCAGAGCCUUUACAGGUCCAGAGUCAGCGGUCAGCGCAACAACCAAAGAAGGAGUGAGACAAGGCUGGUCAGAGGAGAGAGUGAGGACGGUGUCAACGUAGACCUGGUGGACAGACGGAGAGGGAAAGAGAGGAGGAGAGCGGAGGCGACCGCAGCAGGAGGAAGGAGCGGCAGAACGAGGGAGAAGGGAAGAGGAGAAAGAGGGAGGAGAGCGAGGAGGGCAGAGCCCGAGAGCGGGAGAUGGACCGAAGAUGAGGAAGGAGAGGAGGAGAUGGAGCGAGACGGAGGGGCUGAGAAAACAUGGGUGACGAGGAGAAAGUUGUUGAGUAUCGACGAGGAUGGAGAGGAGAAGGAGGGGCAGCCAGAAACCAGGGUGGUGGUGUCGUACCCGGCCCCAGAUGGCUCCAUCUCCCUUCGACACCCGACCCUCCAGACCAACGAGUACAGCUACAACCUGAACUCGUACAACCCGGACACACUCAGAAAAGAAGACGGGUUUAUCGUAGAGACGACCUCCUCCUCCUCCUCCUCCACGUCCCACCAUCAACGUCGGCCUCCUCGCUCCCUCCUCUCCCCCACCCUCCAACCUUCCCUGUCCACCCUCUCCCUCCUCUACCAGUUCGGAGCAGGUGAGGAGCACACCCUCCUCUCCCAGCGCGUGCCUCUGUCUUUACAAAGGGGCACCUCCCUCCUUUCCCCACCUCUGACCCCGCUCCUGUCCUCCACCUCCUCCUCCUCGUCCUCUUCGCUGCUGUCGGUGCGGCCGUCGAUGAACGACUUCGCCAGGAAGGUGGAGGGCUUUUGGAUAUUGCGAGAGCUGCAGAGCUGGCUGUGGCGAUCGGCGAAGGACUUCAACCGCCUGAAGAAGAGACUCCGAGGCUGAGACGGCACGCCACGCCCCGCACGAACGCCACGUAUCGGAAAUCUAUUAUUUGCACAAAAUCUGAGUGGGAACAAGAUAAAAGCACAAAAAAACACAUUCAUGCUUGGCUCGUUUCAUUCAUACCGUACUGGAAUAACUGAAUGAAGGAGUGCUUGGCAGGUCACCAGAAGUGCUAAUGGAAUAUAACACACACAAAGCCAACACAUUACCAGCACUGUCACCCGCCUAAUGCACAUAGCAGCUCAUUCAGCGAGACACACUGAGGCUGGGCUGAGUUACCGGACUUCACGGCUCAUAGACACACAGAAAUAGCGCUCACUGUAGGUGGUUAGACACACACACACACACACACACACACACACACACUCGCACGGGGUUAGACUGACUGACAGGCAGGGAGAUGGACAGAGCAGCCAUUGAGAGACAUCGCUGAUUCAGUGACCCCAGAUGCGUGAAUCAGCAAACAUUCACGUCUUCUCGAAAAAAAGGAUAGAAGGGGGAAAGACAAAAGGAGAGGAGGAAAUGACCGGAGGGGUGAUGAGGAGGAGAGGAAGUGGCAGAAAGGAGAGGAAGAGGGGAGGAGGCGUGAGUCAGGGCGAUGAGCACUGGAAAUAACGGGCAGACGGGGUAUUGCUGAGUAAUCAGAAGCCGGUCGGUCAGUUACGGUAACUCUACAACAGCGCUACACAUACGGUCCACACACACACACACACACACACACACACACACACACACACACUUAUUGUGGCAUUCAGUGCCUUAACAUCACUUCUACGCUGCUUUUCAUUCAGUGCUCGUUCAUUUGUACCACUUUUUAACGACUUUGCUCCGUAGCAAGAAAUAUUUAACACUGUCUUGUUUAGAAUAGAAUAAUUUUCCCACACAAAACAGCAGCUGUGUGAUCUGUGAAUAAAGGAACAGUCCGACGUUUUGGGAAAUAUUUGCUUUCUUGCUGAGAGUGACACGAGAACAUCUACACUUCUCAAAUGUUUGUACGCUACAUGUGAGGAGCUAGCAGACAGUUGGCUUAGCGUAGGGGAGUCAAACCCGAAAAACAGAAACAGGUAUUUUAAGGCAAACCAUGACAAUUUCCGAACCCUAAACCAAGUGUUUUUGUACCGAAACCUAAGCAGAGCAUGAGCAUGGCAUUAUGUCAAGAGAGAAAUACAAAAUUGAGCCUAAACAAAUAUAAAGUUGGAACAUGACGAAACAUAGAUUUUUAACUUAUCCAUGGUUUUGCAGAGGUGGUUUGUCCUUUUGAUAAAGUAAAAAAUAAUUACAAAUACAUUUUAUGAAAGCAUAUUUCUGCAAAACCACAGAUCACCUACAACUUUCCUUCUACAAUUUGUGUGUCUAUAAUUUUGUAUUUCUCUCUUGUCAUAACGCUGUGCUCAUGCUCAGCUUAGGGUUUAGACACAAAAACCACUUGGUUAGGGUUAGGAAAACAUCAUGGUUUGGAUUAAAAUACCUCUUUUGCUGGCCACAAACAAGGCUGGAGAUUGGCCUGACUUCCAUUUAGAAAAUAUCCGCUUUCACCGACGGGGCCGCGACCACAAACAGGCCACAACAUACGACUGAAUGUGUUGAUUGGCAACGACAAGAGACGGAUGCUGGCCAUGAACUGCAAUGAGCUCAACUCGCUCUCCGCCGCCGCCGUUCCCCGCAGUGUCGUUCACUCGACUGGGUGUUCUGGCCAGCGUGAUCUUCUUUUUCUUGUCGCCCACUAUGCACUGAGCUCAGCGCUGGUUUCAGUUCAUUUGGGUUAAUAACAAGAAGGAGAGAGCAGAGAGAAAUUAAACCCAAAUUCUUCGGGGCUGAGGAAUGUCAUUUACUGUCCAUCCCAGCAACUUCACUCUCUCUUUUUUGGAAAGACUCAUAUUGAAUAAAACUUUGCCCUCUUGAACUUUAGCAACAAAUCAAACAUCACAAAUGACAACCUGCAUCUGUAACAGUAUCCACAGCUGGACUUCAUUCAACGUCCCGGCUUAAUCGAGUUACAGUGUUUAUGCUAAGCUAACCUAACUGUCUUCUGUCUCCAGUUUUAUGGACUGCAUUUAACUCUCAGUAAGAACAACAAGUAGAUUCCCAAAAUGUAGAACUGUUCCUUUAAGUUAUAUUUUCCUGUGCCUUGUAUAACACAAGAUCAAGACGUUUCCCAUGGCAACUUACAGAUGGCUUCAUUUCCCUCUUCAAAAUAAACAUGUUGUUAUGUCUUUGCAGUGUGCCUUGGGUGAUGUGGCGGAAGGUUACGGAUCAUAUCUCGAUAAUAUUUAUUGAACAAGAUGUUUAUUUAUUUUUCUCCUGUGUGAAAAUACUGUAUGGUAACUCGAGAGAGAAUAAAUACUGGCUUUUUGU